AUGGCUGCAGUCGCAUCAGCUCGGUACAGCAUCCCCCACUGCGCUCCAGUCGCAACUUCUUCCACUAACACCGACAACCAAAAGACCAAGACAGGUCGAGACAGCACAAUCUCGGAGCGCAAGCUCACUACCUCCGCAAGCCCCAGUAUGAGCGACUUCUUCAAUCCGAAUGCGCUGCCCUUCCGCCCGGGCGGCUUCGACCGUCGCGAGCAGAAUUUCGGCACCUUCGAGAACCAACAACUUCCCCCUCCCCCUCCUCCUCCCUUCCAGCCGCCACCACCACCACCGGGAGGGCCUCCAGCACCAUACGGGCCACCCAAUGGCUUCUUCAAUCACGAAUUUGCGCCGCCUCCGCCGCCCCCUCCCCAACCGCCUCAGCAGCCUCCGCACAUGUUCAACAACCAGCAGGCGCAGGCUGAAUUCGCAGGCUAUCAACAAGCGCUGGCAUAUCACCACUGGAUGUUGCAGAAUGGGCACCCGAACCACCCACCGCCUCCUCCCCCAUUCCCCCUAGGACCAGAUGCUUUCGCUGGGCGUCCACCUCCACACAUGCCACUUCAUGGCCAGCCGCCCUUUCGCGGGCCGCCAUUUGGCCAGCUACCAUUCGGACACCAGUCGCAUCAUGGUGGGCUGCCGCAUAUGCCUCACCCGCAACGUCACAUGUUCCCGAGCCGACCGCCCUACCCGGGCAUGAUGCAACAGCAGGCAAAUUUCCCACAUGGAGCAAGAAACGAGGACAUACAGUACGCUUUCGAUGCCUUAUUCAAGGGUCUAAAGUCCAAGAAUCGUGCGGCUAAUUCUUCUCAUAGGGCACCAACUCCUCCAGGCAAGAAGUCAAAGUCUGGGCUUGCUGCCAAUGGGCAUGCUAAGCAGAAAGAGUAUGGUACCCUCCACCGCAUUACUGCGUUUGAAACCAAGUGCUCUCGGAUUGACAAACUUCACAGUACCCCCAAGGCCCCGAAAGCUGCUGCCGAAAAAAAGGGACGCUAUGGUGAUGAGAAGAUCAUGCUCCCUGCACCGCAGCCCACGCAAGAGUAUCUAGAUCAGGCUGCUGGAGAGCCCACCACCACGGACACACCGGGUCAAAUGCUAGUUAUUCUAGAUCUCAACGGCACGGUUCUCUUCCGCCCAAACAGAAACGCCAAGACUAUGAUACAACGCCCUUUCCUGAGGCCUUUCCUGCGCUACCUCUUUGAGAACUUCAAAGUUAUGGUGUGGUCUAGUGCGAGACCGGACAAUGUCAAGGCCCUCGUCAAUCAAGCUCUGGACAACGACCUCCGUUCGAAACUUGUAGCGCAAUGGGCCCGUGAUAGCUUCGGACUCUCGCCGACGAACUACCAGCAAAACGUACAAGUUUACAAAAACUUAAAACUGGUAUGGAGCAGGAGUCAAAUCCAGUCAUUUCAUCCUGACUACGAAGCUGGCACUGGUAAAUUUGGCCAGCACAACACGGUACUCAUCGACGACUCUUCACUCAAAGCGAGCGCUCAGCCACACAACCUCUUGGAGAUACCAGAGUUCUCAGCUACGCCCGAGCAAAUGGAAGGCGAUGUGCUGCGUGAGGUAGCAGGCUACCUAGAGGCAUUGAGAACACAAGCCGAUGUCUCAAGAUUCAUCAGAAAGGAGCCCUUUGCUGCAGACGGACGUUACACAUUCGACUGGCCUGAUGCUGACGCUGGAGGUGGCGAGUUGAUCAACAAGGUUUCUUCUAGUAAUGGCGGCGCAGCUACUACGAGUAAGAAGAAGAACAAGAAGACAAAGGCCAAAGAGGCGGCCGCUGCAGCAAGUAAAACUAACAAUCCUUUGAACCUGACAACUGAUACCCUUGCGAGCGUGUCACUUGGUAAUCCUGCGCUCCAACAACAACAGCAACAACACAUGCAGCAACAGUAG